AUGGUGCGGGAUAUCAAAGACGCAAAGUUCGGCCAGCCAGUGAUCCCGCGUUACAUCCCCCCGGACGAAUACUAUCGUCGAGACACCGACAUCGCAGACGCCGAGUCUCGUGGCCGCCAGGGUGGUUCGAGCGGUUCGGGCCACGGAGACGGGAAGCCAAAGAAUCCAAAGCUUGGCCUGCCAGCAAUUCAGAGUUACAUACCCCCCAAGGAAUACUAUCGUCGGGGUAACGGAGAUCCUCAGCUUGGGGAGUCGCCGUCAAAGGGCGAUCCAGCAUUGGGCCAAGGUACCCAGGGUCCGCACCCGCGGUAUGACUUGCCGCCUCCUUACGAGCGAGGUCGCCACCCGCCGCGCGACAUCAAAAAGCCGAGGGUCUGCUUGCAUGGGGAAGGCUGUCAAUAA